UUCCGUUAGAUGGUAGCACACACUUCAAAGCAAAUAAAUUUGCGCGCCCUGUCACCUGAUACUCCCUCUCGCGGCGCUUUGUCAUUACUCAUUUGUGUGUCGGAUGGUGCACAUCGUUUUCGGAAAAUGGGUAGUAAAAAACGGAAACGCAGUUCGUCUUCGAGCUCAUCGGACUCGUCGGAGGGCUCUGACCUGGUCGUCAUUCGCAAACAACUCAAGAAGGCCCUAAAAGACGUCAAACGCCUUACCGGUAAGAAAAGGUUGAAAGAAAAUCGCCGCCAUUAUAGUACACGUAACCAACCACGUGGAAGCGAUACCAGCUCAAAUCGCUCCUCAAGCAGCAAGGGGGAACGUUCCACAUCUCCGGACUCGGAGAAAUCAGUGCAGGGGAAUGAGGAGGAUAAAACCCUCAAGAAAUUGCCGCCAGAAAUCCGGAAAAUGCUGGGAUCUCAAAGCCCCCCAUCGGAAAUGAUGGGAAAACCCAUUCACGAAGAAGUGGCGCAAGUUUGGGAGCAAACCUUGCAGAAAGGCCUGGACACGGAAGAAAUCAAAGAUUUGUUACAAAAAUAUCCUCCAAUCGCAAAUUGUAAGUUGGUCCAAGCCCCAAAAUUGAAUGCGGAAGUGAAAAGGGCCAUAACGCAGCAGCAUUCCGAACGGGACGAGAGACUUGCCCACGUGCAAGCUCAAUUGGGCGCCGCAAUGGGGGCGGUUGGUACUGCCCUUACUUUCUGUCUUCAAGAAGAAGGAGGGACCACCUCACAGCUAAUCGAGUUACUGGGUGACGCGGGGAAACUCCUGGCCUCCGUCCACUUUGCUGAGUCCCAAUCCCGUAGAAUCCUGGCUUCAGCAGGCAUUAAUAAAACCCUUAAAUCAACACUGACGGAAACACCGGUCGACGGGUGGCUUUUCGGUGAUAACCUUAGCGAGCGUAUGAAGACGACUCGCGCCCUCGAAAAGACAUCCGAGGAAUUAAAGAUACCUAAAGCAAAGAUCAACACCGGAAAGACUCAAUAUAAUUUAAACUCGAAGAGUCUGCCUCGCCAAUACUCCCAGAGCCGAGGCAGACACAAUCAAUCGCGGGAGCAAACGACAACCGAAGACGGGGAGAGAAGACCAAACGCGACGCAAUCCUUAUUAUCGGCCUCGAACGUCGAGAACCGAACCUCCGAGGAGGAAACAUUAAAGAGUACCUCACCCUCUGCAUCAGAAGCUUUCCCUGGUGGCAGGACUCUUGUCGAAAAAGGUUUAAGGAAACAAGGCGUCCCUCGCGAAGCUACGAAGGUAACCCUGUCUUCCCUCGCCAAAGGCUCUCUGAAACAAUACACCUGCGAGCUAAAGUUAUGGUGGGAGUUCUGCCAAAGGAAUGGUCACAACUGCUUGGACUUCACGGUUCAAAACAUUUUAACGUUCCUAUCCUGUCGUUUUCAUCAAGGAGCUUCGUACAAUACGCUAAACACGUGCCGCUCUGCACUGGCCUUGCUGUUAUCACCCGAAGUGGGGAAGGAUCAUCGUAUAAAGCGUUUUCUGAGAGGGGUCUACAGAAUAAAACCCUCGAAACCCAAAUAUGACGUAACGUGGGACCCCGCAGUGGUCUUAGAUUAUUUCGAACGCUUGGGGGCCAACCAAGAGUUGAGUUUGGAGCUCAUAACACGGAAAUUGGCUACUCUUAUGGCGCUUGUCACUGCCCACCGAGUACAAACAUUGGCUGCUAUCAGAAUUAAUAAUAUCCUUUUCUCUGCGGAGGGAGUAGAAAUUAGAAUUCCUGAUGUCAUUAAAACAUCUGGUCCCCACAAAUUUCAACCACUGCUAAGACUCCCGAAAUUUAAGAAAAAACCGCUGCUCUGUGUCGUUAGUACUCUUUCAUGUUAUCUCGAAAGAACCGAGCUGCUCCGGUCGUCUGGUGAGACUCGACUGUUUUUGACCCACCGGAAGCCAUUUCAUCCAGCAUCAACGCAGUCUCUGAGUCGAUGGAUUAAAAUGGUGCUAGCAGAAAGUGGAGUGGAUACCUCAAUAUACACGGCGCACAGCACCAGACACGCAGCCACUUCAGCUGCUGCGCGAAAAGGGAUAAGCCUCGAUUUAAUUAGGAAAACAGCCGGGUGGUCAGCAACCUCGAGAGUUUUUGCGACAUUUUAUAAUAAGCCUCUCAUUCAUAAAGAGAUUUUCGCCAAUGCAGUUCUCACGUGAACCCUAUGAAUAUUCCUUUACAUUUUAUACUUAAGGAUUGUUCUUUUUGUUGUAAUGCUACCUUUACCAAUCUUGUAAUUUCUUGUAACAAUAUAGAAAAUUAUUGAGAAAACGA